UUGUGCUUCCUCUCCCCACCCCCGCAUCUAUACGGUCAUCUCGUCAUCCGGGGUACCUACUAACCGAAUAUAUAUUUGCCCCUCACUGUUCACGCUGUCAAUCAUGGCCUCUGAUAACGAGAAGCCUCGACAUGUUCACCACGAGCAUCCCGACUUUGAGAAGGAAGUCGCUUCUUACGACUUCAAAUUACGGGGAAGAAAAUUGACCGCCGCCAUCGCGUUCAUCAGCGGUACUGGGUUCACUCUCUUCGGAUAUGAUCAAGGUGUUAUGUCCGCCCUGCUGACCGCCAACCAGUUCGAGAAAGUGUUCCCCCAAGUUAUUGUUGACUCUGCUCAUCCGAACCACGCCACUCUACAAAGUUUCGUGGUGGCAAUAUAUGAGAUUGGAUGCCUGAUGGGCGCGUUAACCAACCUUUGGCUCGGUGACAAGCUCGGUCGUCGUAGAACAAUGGUUAUUGGCGCUAUCAUCAUGACUAUUGGUGCUAUCCUGCAAACGACAUCUUUCAGUUAUGCUCAAAUGGUUGCUGCCCGGAUUAUAACCGGCGUAGGUAACGGUCUUAAUACGUCCACUGUCCCGGCCUACCAUGCGGAAUGUUCUCCUGCCGCUAAACGAGGAAGUUUGAUCAUGAUCGAAGGUGCACUCAUUGCUUUUGGUAUCCUGAUAUCUUUCUGGGCUGGCAACUCAUCUGUCCAAUGGCGUUUCCCUAUAUCAUUCCAGAUUUUCUUUGCUCUUGUCAUGGCUAUAGGGAUUAAUUUUCUACCCGAAUCCCCUCGAUGGCUCAUCAAAGUUGGUCGUAAAGCCGAAGCACUAGCUGUUAUUUCUGCUCUUGACGAUAAACCCAUCAAUGACCCAGAAGUACGGCAAACCUUCAAGGCCAUCAACGAAGCCGUUGAGCUCGAAGAAGGAAAUUCACUCUCUGGAAAAGUAGCGCUGAAGGAGAUAUUCACUGGAGGACGCAGCCAGAACUUCAGGCGAGUCGUUCUGGGCGUUGUUAUUCAAGCCUUCCAACAGCUUACCGGUAUCAACUUGAUCACGUACUAUGCUACCAUACUGUUCGAGCGUCUGGGUCUCUCGGAUGUCAAGUCCCGCAUUUUGGCUGCCUGUAACGGAACUGAAUACUUCUUCAUCGCGCUUCUACCCCUCGUCUUGAUUGAUCGGGUUGGACGCAGGAAACUCAUGCUAUUCGGAGCCAUAGGCCAAUGUAUAACCAUGGUUCUUUUGGCCGUUCUCGGAGCGGUCGACACUCCCCCAGCCCAAAUCGUCAGUGCGGUGCUUUUGUUCGUAUUCAAUUCGUUCUUCGCCCUUGGUUGGUUAGGCAUGACCUGGCUUUACCCGGCCGAGAUCGUUGGUCUGCGUAUGAGAGGCCCUGCCAACGCGUUGAGUACAGCAAGCAAUUGGAUAUUCAACUUCUUGGUUGUCAUGAUUGUAGGACCUUCCUUCGAAAACAUCAAUUGGGGAACAUAUGUUGUGUUUGCUUCUCUUAACGCUAUGAUCGUCCCCAUCGUCUACCUUUUCUUCCCGGAAACUGCGGGAAGAUCACUCGAAGACAUGGACGUGAUCUUCGCGAUUGCUUACAACGAAAAGGUUUCCCCCGUGGCCGUCUCGCUACGGAAAGACAUUCCAGCCGCUGGAACUCCUGAGGCUGACAGAAUCCUUGGAUUUUCGAGUGCGGUGUCGUCACGGGAAGAUGUUCGAGAAAUCCGGGAGCACCACGCACCUGAGGGCAAGGUGUGAUGAAAUCUUCUUGCACGACUGAAGCACGAGAUUGGGUCAAACGAAUUGUAUAACCUAGGGGGAUACUUAUUGUAUAUUAGAAUUCGCGCUUCCCAACAUGAGACAUGACGUCCCGGCCCAUCUACACUUUCAAUGACACUAAUGUUCAU